CAUGGGGAAAACCACCUCCAGAAGUAGACGUACAUCUACUCUUCGUCAUGGUAGCACUCCAACAGAUGAAGUCGAACUAGGCAUGAUGCCUGAUCUUUCUCAAGGUCUACCUAACGAAGAAGAAAUGUGGCAAAAAUGCAACAGAUCCGGUCUCUUCCCAUUACAAUGGGAGAAAAAGAAUGCUAAAAGCUGAGUUAAGGGUUGCACAAAAUCUCCGCGUUCACGGUUUGGAAUUGAUUCGAUUCCGAAAACGACAAAUCUGGCACAGAGUACAGUCUUUUGCGUUGCAGAUUUUAUCAUUUUUCUCUCUGAAACAAACAAUCCGUUCAAUUGAAGCCAACUUUGGCACAGGAGUCGGAUCAUAUUUCCUCCUUAUCAGAUGGCAGAUGCUGCUAAAUUUUUUCAUUACGUUUUUCGUGGUGACCUUGAUUCUUGUUCCAUGGGAAGUUGGGCAAACUUCGUGUACAAACCUAAAUUUCACCGUUCUGUCUCCAUCGCAGUCGGCAUUAGAUGGAUGCAGUCGAUCUUACAAUGUAUCUUCCUGCAAUGAUGAAUGUAUGGCUAGAAACGAUAGUUGCUGGCUUGAAUAUCGUGCAUCGGUCAUGACGACGAUAGCAAAUCAUUCUUCACAGCCAUUAUUAUUGAUCCAAGAUGCAGUGCAAGGCACUGGGUGGUUGGAGUAUACAGUAGCAUUUUACGGGUACUACCAACCGGCAUUCCUUCCGUGGGAUGAUCAAGUCUACAAUUUUGCGUUGGCUUAUGAGCUUGUUGUCUACUUCCUCCUACUCUUCAGUUUGACGUGCAUGGCCAAGUCGGUUGCCACUGGCUUCAAAGACAAUAUCGGACUUGGCAGGUCAUGGCUUCAUCAGUUCUCCGAUUUAGCUUUUACGUCAUGGGACUAUUGCAUCGACAGUUCCGAAGUUGCCCACCAAAAAAAGGCAAUUUUACAUGCUUUUCGGGUAGCUUUAGCUGAUAAGGAAUAUGCUACCGAGAAAGCAGAGAAAUAUGCGGAAAAAAUUAAUCUUUUCUUCCUAAGACUCUCAGUCAACCUUCUUGUUAUUGGAACCUUGAGUCUAGCUGGCUACAUCAUUUACUUGGUCACAGCAUUUUCAGAAAGAUAUCGGAGGAAUACUCAAGGAGAAACCGGCUCAUUUUCGAAUCCUGAAGAUUUCCAAAUCUUGAUGAUAGGAUUUUUACCGUCUAUUGUUAUAACUGCACUGAAUUUUUUAGUGCCCAUCCUCUUUCGGGCAGUUGUUCGAUUCGAGCGGUUCGGUGCUACUUUUGAAAUUAAAAUCACCCUAGUUAGAACUGUCUUGCUCAGACUGGCAUCUCUUUUGGUACUUGUUUUAACCCUAUACAGCAGCUUAGAAGAAGAACGAGGAUCCAACUGCAAUUCCGAUCAAGAUGCACCAUGCUGGGAGACAUAUGUCGGCCAGCAACUUUACAGGCUUUGCCUAUUUGACGUUUUCAUCACAAUCUUUAUUACGAUUCUGAUCGAGUUUCCUUUGGCACUAGUCUUCCGUCGUUCGGUGCCUCCCACAAGCCGUUGGACAUGCAUAACCAAACCCGAAUUCAAUCUAGUCGGAAGCACUCUCGAUAUGGUUUACAGUCAGUCAAUAUGCUGGUUGGGGAUGUUUUACUGCCCUGUCUUGCCAAUAAUUACCACUUUUAAAUGUUUCAUUGUUUUCUACGUCAAAUACUUCAGUCUGCUUUUCUAUUCAUUGCCCCCCUCUCGCAUUUAUGGUGCAUCAAGCUCCACGUCUCUUUUCAUGAAUGUCUUAUUGGUAUCUUUUAUUUCUUGCGUUCUUCCUUUGGGAUAUCACGUCACCUCGUUGCAGCCCUCAGUCUCUUGUGGACCUUAUCGUGGUUUCGGUACUGUUUGGUCCGCAAUAUCCAAUGAGGUUGAUGCAUUGUCGGAUACGUUAAAAAUUCUCUUCUUCUUCGGAUCGGCGGGGUUUUUCGUUCCUGCUAUUUUGAUUUUACUGGUCGCUCUCUAUUAUUAUCGCUCUAAAGCGGUAGCACAUCGUGCCGUAGUCGAGUCUCUUACUUCGCAACUGGUUCUCGAAGCUGAAGAUAAACAUUUUUUGAUUGCAAGGCUAUCUGCCGUUGGUAAACAGCAUGUACAAGUUUGAACAUUACGAACAUCGCAUCCUCUCUAAAGAAAAAAAACCCAGAUUUACUUGGU